CGGCUCGCCGCUCCCGACGUCGUCCUCAACGACAACACAAGACAAGACCUUUCAAGCUCAACGGUCCCUUCACGCUACCGAACAGUACCAACGAACUCGACAGUCGCUACCGACAUGGAGUCCCUCAACACCCUCGCCAGCUCCCUGCCCUCCGCUAACCAGGGCGCGGACCAGGCGCUCAUGAACGACUUCAAGGCUGCCGCACUCAGCAUCACGAACUUCUACCGAUCCUCCCGAGCUGCCUCCGCACGCGCAUAUGACUCCGGCUACGCUGCUGCCUGCCAUGACAUCCUCCGCAUGAUCGAGCGUGGCGUGUCCGCGGACGGUGGCCCCGCCGCAAUGGCGAGCAACCGCGCCAGCGCGAGCGAGAACCCCAUGAACGUUGGUCGCGUGAUGGACUGGAUCGAGGCACGCCUCGAGGCCCUGAAGGCGCGUGAAGAGGAGGAGGCUGAGGACGAAGCACGGAAGGACGCGAAGGACGAGGGUCGAAGGCCGAUCGCGCAGGCAAAUGCGCCAUCGACGCCAUCGUCCCCGCAGGCGCCCCCGCGCACCCUCGCCGUCAAGUCCACGCCUCCGCAACCUCAGCAGGACAUGCGCUUCAAGCCCGACCCGCAAUCCUCGAUGACCGAGAACCGCCAACCACCCGUCGAACAUCAACCCCAACAACCACCUGCCCCAGUCUCGUUCCCCUUCAUCUCGUUCCCUGCACCCGAGCCGCUUGCCCCUCAACCGCUCCCCUCGCCCUCGAUUGGAGCAAAGCGUCGACACGCGGUCAUGAUGAUGCUCGACAAUCAGCCUGGGGAAGAAGUUUCGGGUCGCGGUGUGUCGCCCACGGCGGCUACCGUGAAUCGAGGCAUGGCCAGCGCGGUACGAGGCGUGAGGCAGGGAAGCGGUGCGGCAGGUCCUGGUCGUCGGAGGCCUCGUCGCGAUCGAGAUGCGAAGGAUCGCGAUGCGAAGGAUCGCGAUGUUAUGAUGGAGGUUUCCGAUCCGGAAGAUGGUGGGCGAGAGCGGAAGCGUGUUGCGAGGAGGUGAAGGAUUCCUGAUGACUACGGUGAAGCCAGCAGUCGAUCGAUACUCGAGGGGUGAUCGAAGAAAGGGUUGGAUGGUUGGGUAGUACGAGGUGUAGGGCGGGAUGGUCUCGGAAAGGACGAGUUCAGGAUGAUAAGAAAUGGUCGACAGCUACGGAAGACGGAAGCUUCUGCGCUUCACUGCGCCUACCGUCGACAUGCUCAGCCUUGUCGCCAUUGCUUAAGUACCUCUUCACGCUUAUGUACAUCGGACAUGCCCUUACCCAUACCAUUCAUGCUCAUACGCCUACAUGCCCCAUCACCAACCCCUACCUUACGCUCGUCCCAGUCCAUCGUUCCCCCUAGCUACUUCCCCUUCUUCCCGUACUUACCCCAUUGACACGUCUAUACCUACGCUCCUUCCCGUAGUUACAGUUUGGUUCACGAGGCCGUUAGGCCGCCAUGGUCUGCUACUCCAUCUUCUCAUGGUCCGCGGCGUUGUGGGCUAUACGCCCUCGGCGUCGAUGGUCCAGCGCCCUUGACAUUGUUAGGCCUUAUGCCCUCCUCAUCGUUAGGCUUUACGCCAUCUUCAUCGUAGGCACCACAUCUUCGAACCCAACAUAUGUUACACCAUACAACCACCCCAGUAGUUACACACCCUCCCAUUGUCCCGAUCGAUAUGAUACUGCACCAGCAUAUGUAUAAGUAGAGACCGAAUGAUUGAUUGUGUUGUGAUUGGACGCUGGGGGUGAGGUGGGCGAGGUGGGCGAUGCCUCCGAGAUGGCGG